AUGGUAUUAUGCACUUACUCUUUCUUGUGUGGGGAAGUCGAUGUUAAAUUCGACACAAAAUAUGAUAAUAAUCAUAAUGAGCUGAAACAGCUACUCGCUGAACACAAAACGUUUACACCAACCAACUGGACCCAUUAUGCCUAUUUGAUAAUGUUGAUUGUGGGAGCGGUGGUCUUCAUUAUUGUCUUCGUUUAUGUUUAUCGAUGCUGCUGGCCAAUGGUAAAGCUAAUCCAUCGCGCUCAACAACACAAAAAUCGUAUAAAAAAAUCAUUACCAAGUCCGCCACCUUAUUCUCAACCACCAUAUACGCACACACAAAAUCAAUUCGGCAAUCAAAUUUUACAACACAACAAUUCGUCAGUCUUGCCGCAACGCCAUGAACCAACAUCGUCGAUACAACUAUCACCCAGCCGGAUCGUCUAA